GUUAUCAUCGGAAGCAUCUUCGAGGUGAUCUGGGCUGUUGUGAAGCCGGGAACAUCCUUCGGGAUCAGCGUGCUGCGAGCUCUCAGGUUACUGCGCAUCUUCAAAGUCACAAAGUACUGGGCUUCCCUGCGGAACCUGGUGGUCUCCCUCCUGAACUCCAUGAAGUCCAUCAUCAGCCUCCUCUUCCUCCUCUUCCUCUUCAUCGUCGUCUUCGCCCUUUUGGGGAUGCAGCUCUUCGGGGGACAGUUCAAUUUUGACGACGGGACCCCUCCCACCAACUUCGACACUUUCCCAGCAGCAAUAAUGACGGUGUUUCAGAGGGUGAGCAUCCGCCAAGUAAAGGAUGAGAAUCCCCCAAGUAAAGGGGUCCUCAAGCACUCGGUGGAUGCCACCUACGAGAACCAGGGUCCCAGCCCAGGCUACCGCAUGGAGAUGUCCAUCUUCUACGUGGUCUACUUCGUGGUCUUCCCCUUCUUCUUCGUCAACAUCUUCGUGGCCUUGAUCAUCAUCACCUUCCAGGAGCAGGGGGACAAGAUGAUGGAGGAGUACAGCCUGGAGAAGAACGAGAGAGCCUGCAUCGACUUCGCCAUCAGCGCCAAGCCCCUGACGCGGCACAUGCCGCAGAACCGGCAGAGCUUCCAGUACCGCAUGUGGCAGUUCGUGGUGUCGCCGCCCUUCGAGUACACCAUCAUGGCCAUGAUCGCCCUCAACACCAUCGUCCUCAUGAUGAAGUUCUACGAUGCCUCGGACACCUACGAGAACGUCCUGAAGAUGUUCAACAACGUCUUCACCUCCCUCUUCUCCCUCGAGUGUCUCCUGAAGAUCAUGGCCUUCGGCGUGCUGCACUCGGUGGAUGCCACCUACGAGAACCAGGGUCCCAGCCCAGGCUACCGCAUGGAGAUGUCCAUCUUCUACGUGGUCUACUUCGUGGUCUUCCCCUUCUUCUUCGUCAACAUCUUCGUGGCCUUGAUCAUCAUCACCUUCCAGGAGCAGGGGGACAAGAUGAUGGAGGAGUACAGCCUGGAGAAGAACGAGAGAGCCUGCAUCGACUUCGCCAUCAGCGCCAAGCCCCUGACGCGGCACAUGCCGCAGAACCGGCAGAGCUUCCAGUACCGCAUGUGGCAGUUCGUGGUGUCGCCGCCCUUCGAGUACACCAUCAUGGCCAUGAUCGCCCUCAACACCAUCGUCCUCAUGAUGAAGUUCUACGAUGCCUCGGACACCUACGAGAACGUCCUGAAGAUGUUCAACAACGUCUUCACCUCCCUCUUCUCCCUCGAGUGUCUCCUGAAGAUCAUGGCCUUCGGC